CGCGGAUGGGCGCAAAGCGCUGGGAGCGCUCCGGGUGACAAAGCUCCGGCGAAGGGCGCAGGGGAUCAGUCUCGGCUGCCUCUGCCCCAGGGCAGGGCUCUGGGCUGAGCCUGACCCACCGCGCAGGGACUGAGGGGUGAAUGUGGGUGAAGCCCUUUGAAAGUUCCGAAUGGGAAGAGCUAAGGAAAGGCGGGGGAGGGCUGGUUUAGUGGCUUCCAGUAGAAACCAGGCACCCCCAAAAAUUCGGAGGCAAAAUGUCCCCCAAAGGUGGGAAUCCCCUGCGCGGCUUUCAGGUGCACAUAGAUGCCAUUUGCGCAUUCAGCUGGGGGAUGGGGGUGCAUGGAAAUAAUAGUGGGAGCAAAUGCAAAGGGUGAUCCAGGACAACAGGGCAAUGGAAAUGACUGAGGGUUUCCCAGCAGGGCAGAAUCCAGAGUGUCUGUGCAUGGCCUGGGGGGGAUCAGGGUGCGAAAUGAACUAAAGCCCCUUCUGAAACUUCUCCCCAGCCCUUUGCACCCUGACAGGCUGCAGAGUAACAACCGCCUUUUGCUCCAGAUUCACUCCAGAUUGUCACAUCGCCUCAGGGGCCGGGCAAGGGAAAUGGCUGCAGUGGACCCAGCUCAGAUGCCUGUGACCUUCGAGGAGGUGGCUGUGUAUUUCUCUGAGGGGGAAUGGGCGCUGUUGGACCUGUGUCAGAGAGCUCUGUACAGGGACGUCAUGCAGGAGAAUUACAGGAAUGUGACCUCGCUGGGUUUUCCAAUUCGCAAGCCCAGCGUGAUCUCCCAGCUGGACCGAGGGGAAGAGCCGUGGGUCUCUGAUCUCCAGGGGUCCCAGGCUAGAGAGAUCCAGAGAAACAUCCCCAGAGGUGAUGAAAUGGUGAGUGAGAGCAAUGAAGAGAAUCCUUGUCCAGCAGGUCCUGAGCGAAUGGAACCAAAGGGGACGUUGCUGGGAAGGUGUGAAGGGGAUGAUUUCCAGAUUCCUGGGCAAGGACAAGCCCAAGAAACACAGUGCAGACCAGAGAAGCAGCAGGGAAGCCCCCCAGGAAAGACACAGGGUGAAUCCACUUGCCGAGGGGGAGUUUUGGAAGAACCUAAUGAGGCCAUGAUCCAGCCGAAAACCUGCACUAAGGAGAAGCGAUUCGAAUGUGCUGAGUGCAGGAAACACUUUAGUUCUAAAGAACACCUUGUUCGACAUCUGAGAGUCCACACGGGAGAGACUCCCUAUCACUGCCCUGAGUGUGGGAAACAAUUCAAUGACCAAUCUAUCCUUAUUAGACAUCAGAGAACCCAUACAGGAGAGAGGCCCUAUAAGUGCCCCAACUGCAAAAAAUGCUUCAGUCAGAGGUCAGGCCUUAUUACACAUCAGACAGUCCACACAGGAGAGAAAUGCCAUAAAUGUCCUGACUGUGGACAAACUUUCACUCAGAGAGGGCAUGUUACUAGACAUCGGAGGACUCACACGGGUGAGAGACCCUAUGGAUGCCCAGAGUGUGGAAAAAAGUUCGCUUCCACCUCUGACCUUAUUAUACAUCAGAGAAUCCACACAGGAGAGAAACCCUACAACUGCCCCGACUGCGGGAAAAGCUUCAGUCACAGCCAUCACCUUACUGACCAUCGGGGAAUCCACACAGGAGAGAGACCCUAUACCUGCCCCAACUGUGGGGAAAGCUUCAAAAGUAAAUCUGGCUUCAGAAUCCAUUGGAGAAGGCACACGGGAGAGUGCCCCUAUCAAUGUUCCAUCUGUGGGGAAAGGUACAAAACCAGGAACUCUCUAACAUGCCACAUGAAACACCACACAGAAUAGUGUCAGCCACUUCCCCUCCUCUCUCUGCAUCUGUAGAGAUAGGAAGAACCAUGAGGAUAAUAAACUCCCAAUCCCCAGGGAGUCAAAUGGCACCACUAUUUACAUGGGUGCUGUGUGUCUCAGGAGGACGGAGGCACAAGGAGAGUGACAUUAUUAUUAUUACUGUAUUGCAUUAUUCUCUGACACUCUCCCAUCCCAUCCCAGCUCCCUCUGUCAUGAGGAGGCUUUUACUGAGCCGAAGGGUUUACCUGGAUUUCUUGAUCCCUAUUUCAGGCAGGGGCACACUGGGAUUAUUCUGUAAAUUGCUGCCCCGGGAGGCAUUUUCUCCCUGUUUCUGCAUGGUGGGGAAGAGCAGAGGUCUGAUAUUUCUGGAAAGUCGGAUGUCAGUGGAUUGUUUAUUGUUCAUUGAAUUAUUUUCUCAUUAUUG